GUGAAUGGCCUCCAGGGGGUGUGCGGGGCCCCCGCCUCCGCCGACUCCACCGGCCUGGGUUUGGCCCGGAAAGAUGCUAGCCAUGGGGGCGCUGGCAGCCUUCUGGGUCCUCAGCCUCCUCACCUACGGUUACCUGUCCUGGGGCCAGGGCUUGGAGGAGGAGGAGGAAGGGGCCUUGAGAGCUCAGUCUGGAGAGAGGCCAGAGCCCAGCACAUCUGCCACCUCCCAACCCCAUCUCAUUUUCAUCCUAGCGGAUGAUCAGGGAUUUAGAGAUGUGGGUUACCACGGCUCGGAGAUAAAGACUCCCACUCUUGACAAGCUUGCUGCCGAAGGAGUUAAACUGGAGAACUACUAUGUCCAGCCUAUUUGCACACCGUCCAGGAGUCAGUUUAUUACUGGAAAGUAUCAGAUACACACCGGACUUCAACAUUCUAUCAUAAGACCUACCCAACCCAACUGCUUACCUCUGGACAAUGCAACCCUACCUCAGAAGCUGAAGGAGGUUGGAUAUUCGACACAUAUGGUUGGAAAAUGGCACUUGGGUUUUUACAGAAAAGAAUGUAUGCCCACCAAGAGAGGAUUUGAUACCUUUUUUGGUUCCCUCUUGGGAAGUGGUGAUUACUAUACACACUACAAAUGUGACAGUCCUGGGAUGUGUGGCUAUGACUUAUAUGAAAAUGACAAUGCUGCCUGGGACUAUGAUAAUGGCCUAUACUCCACACAGAUGUACACUCAAAGAGUCCAGCAAAUCUUAGCUUCCCAUGAUCCCAGAAAGCCUAUAUUUUUAUAUAUUGCCUACCAAGCUGUUCACUCACCACUGCAAGCUCCUGGCAGGUAUUUUGAACAUUACAGAUCCAUUAUCAACAUAAAUAGGCGGAGGUACGCUGCCAUGCUUUCCUGCUUAGAUGAAGCAAUCAACAAUGUGACCCUGGCUCUGAAGACAUACGGUUUCUAUAACAACAGCAUUAUCAUCUACUCUUCAGAUAAUGGUGGCCAACCCACAGCAGGAGGAAGUAACUGGCCUCUCAGAGGUAGCAAAGGAACAUACUGGGAAGGGGGCAUUCGAGCUGUUGGCUUUGUGCAUAGUCCGCUUCUGAAAAACAAGGGAACAGUGUGUAAGGAGCUUGUGCACAUCACUGACUGGUACCCCACUCUUAUUUCACUGGCUGAAGGACAGAUUGAUGAGGACACUCAACUGGAUGGCUAUGAUGUCUGGGAAACCAUAAGCGAAGGUCUUCGUUCACCCCGGGUGGAUAUUUUGCACAACAUCGACCCCAUUUAUACCAAGGCAAAAAAUGGCUCCUGGGCAGCAGGUUAUGGGAUCUGGAACACUGCAAUCCAGUCAGCCAUCAGGGUGCAGCACUGGAAACUGCUUACAGGAAACCCUGGCUACAGUGACUGGGUUCCCCCUCAGUCUUUCAGCAACCUGGGGCCAAACCGGUGGCACAAUGAACGAAUUACGUUGUCAACCGGCAAAAGCAUAUGGCUUUUCAACAUCACGGCUGACCCAUAUGAGAGGGUGGACCUAUCUACUAGGUAUCCUGGAAUCGUGAAACAGCUCCUACGGAGGCUCUCACAGUUCAAUAAAACUGCAGUGCCUGUCAGGUACCCUCCCAAAGACCCUAGGAGUAAUCCUCGGCUCAACGGAGGAGUCUGGGGACCAUGGUAUAAAGAGGAAAACAAGAAAAAGAAGCCGAGCAAAAAUAAGGCUGAGAAAAAGCAGAAGAAAAGUAAGAAAAAGAAGAAACAGCCGAAAGCAGGUUCAUUUCCAAAUUGCCAUUCAGGCGUUUGCCAUUAUCUUAGAUAAGUACAAAUUUUUUUCCUGUCUGGUUAAACUUAAGUCGGUCUUAGUCUUUUAGCUGUUUUCCAGAGAGACCAGCAAAUUUGGCUCAAUAAUUUUACUGCCAGAAGUAGCAGCCCUGUUUUCAUGUUGUGCCACUCCAGAGACUGCUGCCACCUGGUCGUCAUGUGGAAGACGGUUCUGUUUGUGCCAAAGGUGCUACCCUUGCAAGCCACACUUAGAGGAGAAUGGAGAUGCUGAUUUCUUUUGCUCCUUUACAAAAAUGGUCCUUAAUCAGUGCAACUGUUGUGCUUUCGUCAACUGACCAGACACUAUGCUUUAAAACUACGAUCAACGGACAUGCUAAUUUGAUGGAAGUUACAGGGUAGCAUGAUUAAAAACUACCUUUGAUAAAGUACAGUCAAAGGUUGCAUCACCUGAAAGGCCUUGAAAGAUACGUUUUCUUCGUGAAUUAUUGUAUCUCUGUCUUAUGAUACUUGGUUUUUGAAGUUAAUUCCAUUUCACGUAUCCUUUCCUUUCCUGUGAAAAUAAGCUGUUGCUCCCAUGUAAACAGCUUGCACCUCAUUCUGUCAUGCAUGAGGGAAUGGCAUAUAAGAAUGUUUGAGCACACUGCCAAAACGUGAAUGUAACUAUUUUCUAAACACUUUAAUAGAAUGACGUUUCAACGUAAAGUAUGUAAUUUAUUUUUACAGAAAAUAAUAUUAAUUAUUUUGUUUUCACAAAAAAGUUAUACAAAUAACUUUUAAUUAUUUUAUUUUUAUUUUCUAAAUACUGUUAGAAGAAUUUUAUUUCAUAUCUUCAAUAUUGCCAAGCACUGUAGUACUAUAAAUUACUGUAAUACUGGGUGAAUUCGUAAAAGAUAAAAAGAAAAUUAUUCAGCAAAAAUGAUAAUCCUCAUUGUUCAGCCAUUAUUUGAAUGUAAAAAGAUGAAUAUAUUCCUUACAAAUUACUUGGAAUUCAGUGUUGUACAGGGUUGAAAGACAACUUUAUUGUCUCUAUCAUAAUAAACACCUUAUUUAUGUAUCUUUAUUAUUAAAAUGACUUAUUUUAUGGCACUAGAAACUUUAUUUUGGCUUUUCUGAUCUAAUUUCUAGAUGAAAUUAUAUUCUUCAUCUUAACAACAAACAUCUUUACAAAUAGGCAAUUGCAGGUAUGAUUUGCUAACUACCAUAGUAAAUAAUAUGGAUUUUUUCAAAUAGGAGAUGUUUCCACUUGGCUAUUUCAUAGACAAAAAUGUCCUUUUGUUAAUAAAUAACAUUUAUAAUGAUCCUACUCUUAUAUAAAGUGGACACACUGGGGAGACAGAGAGAAAUGAAGAUAUGGAUCCUACCUGGAAUAAUUAAAAAUCUGGUUUGGAACUCACAUGUGUGAAUACCAUGAGGAGGAUUAAAGGAGCAUGAUCUUGGGACACCUGGGUGGCUCAGUUGGUGGUUAAGCCUUCGACUUGCCUCAGGUCGUGAUCUCACAGCUUGUGAGUUCUAGCCUGUACGGAGCCCUGUACUGAGCCCCAUAUUCGGCUCUGUGCUGAGCAUGCAGAGCCUGCUGAGAUUCACUGUCUCUCCCUCUCUCUCUGCCCCUCCCCUGCUCCUGCUCUCCCUCUCUCUCUCUCUCAAAAAUAAGUAAAUAAACUUAAAGAAAAAAAAAAAGGAGAGCAUGGUUUGUAAUAAAAUUUAUCAUGGGUCAUCAAUGGGCAUAGAUUGAUGUGGCUCCUCUGUCUGCCCUAGAGUUUUCUUUAAAGUGACUUCCCCUAAUACAAGGGCCUCUAAGCCUCAUAGUCAACACUUCAAAAAUCACAGAAAGAAGUUACAACUGUGAUAACAAAAUGUAUAUGCGGUGGGAUGGCAGCAUACCAUUAAAUACAUUUGUAUCAGAAUUCAAGGGACUGCCUUUCACAAUUUAUGGAAAUCAGUAAAAGAACAUUUAGACUGUUACUGAAAUUACUAACCAAAAUGAUAAAAAAUAAUUUUAGUAUUUUACUUCUAGAGUAUAUGUUUUAUGUAGGAUAAAGAACUAUUUCCUGAGCUUGUGUUUUAUAGACUAUAUAUUUAAAUGAGUCGUAGAAAUCAAA